AUGGCCGCAGAACAACCCAAAGCAGGUCCAGAGGUGAGGUUCUCUAGCUCACGGCAGUGGCCAGGCGAACGUCAUCCAACUCGAUGGGAUGUGCACGAUGCGAAUGAAAGCCCCGCUAUAACUUUCCUGGACCGUUUCCGGGCUGCACUGUUGCACACUGAGGGUGCCGAGGGCGACGCCUUGCAUGACGCCGACUCAGUGAUAGAUGGCGCAGAGCACGUGGACGAGAACUCGGUCAGAGCCUACACAUAUCCGGUGGUCAUGUUGUCUGAAGUCCCAACCAUCCUGUCAGAAGAUCAAAUGGAGCGGCUCCAAGAGUUAUUCUUCACAUCGUUCAAUCACAUCUUCACAGAUGCUGUCGAUAUUGCAAACUGGCCUUCAAACCCACUUCCUCCCUAUCUGCAGUAUGCGAUUGCAUGUCUGGGAGCGGCCGCGUCAGCUCCAGCGUACAACGCGGGUGCCUAUACCAUCGCAAAUGGUACUGAUCAAGCCGAGGUCGCGGCAGGAUUAUUUGUUGCUGGUGCGAGAUUGUGGUCCGUUAUGCUAGAAGUCGACAACCGUGAAGCUCGAAUGUUAGAGGCUGUGAUAGCCGCCUCGCUCCUAAUUACUUAUGGCGUUUUGUCCACGGACCAGGCGUAUCAGAGGAUGUCCUCUGUUCUUCUUUGCAAUGUUGUCACUAUCUCCAGACGGUUACACCUUCCCGAGGGCUGUUCGCCGCUGUAUUCUUCGUCGGAUAUGCCGGAGAAAGAUGUCAGCAGAAAAAGUUCUCUUCUGAGCUAUUUGCUUCUGAUCGAUACCAUCCACGCAUUACAUUAUGGGCUGGCCCCCCACUUUUCGAGGACUGAGCUUUUCAUAAAAAUGCCAUCGUCGAAUCAUCAGUUUCGCACCCUGUAUAACUCGCUCACGCAUGGCUAUGCUUUGCCAGAAGACGUUCGAAGUCGAGAAGAUGGCCUCCUAUUACUUACCGUGCUCCUAAGCGACAUCAUUUAUAUGCAACGAUGCCAUCUCUCGAUAUCCUUCUACACCGAUUCCCAUGUCAGCGCUGCUGAUAAGUCGUCAAGCAACCGCAUGUUGCCAAGAAACCCUUACGUCCCCUUAACCUCCCAGUCAGAAUACUCUCGCCUCAGCGCUGACUUUUUAGCUGCCCUUUGUCGCUGGGAGCAGUAUUUCCAACCCCAUGUUGGCACUGAUAUCAUUGCCUUUUACUACUUUGUCAAACUCCAGCUGACGUGCCCCGAACUCGGGAGACUUCCUCAUUUGGUCGGCUAUGGAAAGGCGCCAACAUUGAGUGAAAGUCAACGCAAUUCGUCGCUACACAUGGAACAAAUUGACAUCCCAGACAAAGCUAUGGACUUUGCAUGGCUAGUCCUGGAUAAAUGUGAUGAGCAUUUGCAAACACCGGCGCGGAAUUUGCCUAUCUGGCUCCCGGUCAUCCUAUUUCUCUCGGCGUUAGUGGCGUGGAAGAAGCUGUGCUCAAGACCAGCAACAGGACAGAAAUACGGCAGCUUGAAGGUACUCGGCUUGACUGGCUUGAUCGUGAGCCAGGAUCCCAGCAAUGCAGACACACCACGAGCUCAUAUCACCAAUAUGGCAGCAAUAGACUGUCUCCGAGAUAUUGGAGUCGACAAGGAGUGCUACCAAGUUGGAACGGCUGGAGACACGAUGGUACACACCCGUUGGUCUAACAGUAUGGCUGGCGAGGAGUAUGCACGCAUAUAUUCCUGGGGUAAUGACCCAAGGCGAAAGGGCGAUUAUGAACUCGCCAGCCCUUCAGACCCACUGGAUCUUCCUCAAACUCUGCUUGAGCCAAUACUCAUACGGUACGCGACUAUGAACGGGUUCAAAUGUAGAUGGGACACCAAGUUUGUCUCGUUUGUGCAAGAACCUGACGAGAAGGGCGUUACAACCACCCUCCACGACAAGGUGACUGGCCAAGACUAUCGAGUCCGGUCGCGGUAUCUAUUCGGUGCGGAUGGGGCGCGCAGCCCUAUCAUGAGGCACCUUGAGAUUCCGAUGAUCAAGCGUCCAGACCAGGGAUAUGCCAUCAACAUUCUAAUGGAGGCCGAUAUGGCACAUCUCAUGGAGAACCGCAUGGGAAAUCUGCACUGGCUCUUAACGCCCGACAAGGAGCACCCAGACUAUGCCUGGAUCGGGUGCAUUCGAAUGGUGAAGCCCUGGCACGAAUGGCUUUGUAUUAUUUUCCCUACCUUCGGCGCCGAGAGAAAACAGCGAAGCCCGGCAGAAUACGUCAAACGCGUGCACGAAUUUAUUGGUGACGAUACCGUCGAGGUAAAAAUCAAGGGCAUUUCGACCUGGAUGAUCAAUGAGACAGCGGCUGAGGCAUAUUCAAAAGGCAACGUUUAUUGCUUGGGCGACGCCGUGCACCGACAUCCGCCGAAUCACGGACUAGGGUCUAACACUUGCAUCCAAGACGCACACAAUCUGGCAUGGAAAGUCGCGUUCGUCGACAGAGGAAUUGCUGGAAGCAGUUUGCUAGACAGUUACAGUAUUGAGCGCCAGCCAGUUGGUCUCGAUGUUGUCACGCAGGCAAACGCAUCACUCCGCAACCACAAAAAGAUCUGGGAAGUGCUAGGUAAUAUGGAACCGACGGUUGCCGCGCGAGUAGAAGCAUUCAACAUCCUAAAAGAAGACUCAGAACGGGGUCGUAAGCGCCGUGCCGAUCUACAGGCCGCGCUACGGAUGAUCAACCGUGAAGAACACGGCCUGGGUAUCGAAAUGAACCAACGGUACACAUCAUCAGCAGUACACAAAUCCGACCAGGGACCUCAGCCCACCUUCGACUCUGAUCCACUCGAGCACUACCACCCAACGACAUACCCCGGCGCCCGCGUACCACACGUCUGGCUCAGCAAGACUAUCCCCUCAAAAGCGGUAUCGACCUACGAUCUCGCUGGCAAGGCCCACUUUACCCUGUUCACGGGGAUUGGUGGUGAUGGCUGGCGCCCCGCGGCUGCAAAGGUCUCGAGCGAGCUCAGCGUACCGUUUAAAGUCUACUCCAUUGGAUUUCGGCAGGAAUAUGAAGAUCGCUACCUUGACUGGGCUAGGAUUAGGGGCGUUGCCGAGUCAGGAUGUGUUGUCGUUAGGCCGGAUUUCUUCAUUGCAUGGAGGAGUCAGCAAUGGGAGAAUGACAGUCCUGAGAAGUUGUUGGCCGUCAUGAAAUCUGUGCUGUCGCGCAGCUAA